CCCGCCCCAGCCAUGUACGCCAAAGGCAAGGGGUCCACCGUGCCCUCCGACGGACAGGCUCGGGAGAAGUUGGCGUUGUACGUGUACGAAUAUCUCCUUCACAUUGGAGCUCAGAAAUCGGCACAGACCUUUCUCUCGGAGAUCCGGUGGGAAAAGAACAUUACGCUGGGCGAACCCCCCGGUUUCCUUCACUCCUGGUGGUGUGUGUUUUGGGAACUGUACUGCGCGGCCCCCGACCGGCGAGCGGUGUGUGAGCACUCGAGUGAGUCCAAGGCCUUCCACGAUUACAGCGCAGCGGCGGCAGCGACGACCAGUCCCGUGAUGGCGAAUAUGCCUGCCGGCGAUGGCAUGCCCACCGGACCGAUGCCCCCGGGUUUCUUCCAGGGACCCCCGGGCUCCCCACAUACCCAGCCUCCACUGCAUAAUCCCAACGCCACCAUGAUGAGUCCACAUAACCAGCCGUUUAUGUCUUUGCGUUUCCCCGGAGGUCUCCGUCCUCCACUCCGAAUGCCAAGUCAGCCCCCCGUGGGUGUGCCUGCCCCACAGCCUCUCCUGCCCAACGUGAUGGACCAGGCAGCCCGGCCACAAGGACAUCCCAACGUAGGCCUGAUGCAGCGCAUGGCCUCACCGCGCGGGAUGAUGGGAGCGGCGCCACAGAAUUACGGCGGGGGGCUGAGACCCCCUCCGGGCUCCCUGCCUGGUCCCGGCAUGACUGCCAUGAACAUAGGGCCGGGAAUGCGCGGCCCCUGGCCGAAUAUUCACACAAACCCGGUAUCCUAUUCCUCGUCCUCUCCCGGCAGCUACGGGCAGGGCCCCCCUGGAACCCCCGUCAUGGCCAGCCCGGGAGACUCCACCAACUCUAGUGAAAACAUGUACGUGAUGAACUCCGUCGGGCCUCCCGGGAGCCGGCCCAGUUUCUCCAUGGGACCCAGUCCAGAAGGCCCGAUGGCCGGGAUGAACGCCAUGCAAGCCCAUCACAUGAACGGAUCCGUAGGUCCGGGCGAAAUGGACGGGAUGCCCAAGAGUUCUCCGAGUAGCAUAGCGGCCAUGACCAACCCGCCGGGCACCCCUCACGACGAUGGCGGUGAGAUCGGCCCCAGCUUCUUAAACCCCUUCCAAAGCGAGAGCUAUUCGCCCAGCAUGACAAUGAGCGUGUGACGCGGCCCGGAUGCCCACCCCGGCGGAGCCAGGCUGACGCCCCCAAGGGGUCUUAACCCCCCCCCUAUUUAAUAAACUGCCCCUCUUGGCUACUUGCCCCAGCCCUCCUUCAAACUGAACUGCCCCCCGCCCAUCCGGUGAAUCUCCCUGUAACGGUACUCAGCAAAACUGUCAGGACUUGAAUGGUUGGCUCUGGCUUUGGGCCCAGCGGGGCAGGCCUGGUUUGAAUCGGAUGCUCCUGAAGGGCGGGUCGCUGUGCCCCCUUUUGUCUACGUGGGUGCCUUGGGCAUGCAGGACCGCCUCCCACACGAGCUCUUUGGACUUUUGCUCAGCCUGUUGGAAGAGCAGCUGGGCUGGUUGGGGUGCUCUGCACGUAUUCCCCCCACUCGAGUGGUGGCAGUAGUGGGAUCAAGUAGUGCGGUUUCAGGUGCUGAUGCUGAAAGGGGCUUUGAUUCAGUGGUGGAGGGGUGGGAGAGGAAAUUGGCCCCUUUUGGGGGGAGAAUGGUCACUAAGUGGGGAGGCAGCGGUGGGACUGAAUUGGAGGUGGAACCAGCUGUGAUUGAAGUGGACGUGGUGGGAUGUGGACUGGAGGGGUCUACCCUGUCUGUUAGUGGGCUGAUUGGAGCCAGGGUGUGUGUGCUACCCUGUCCGCAUAGCCAAUGUCUUGUUCCUGGAUAGGUUGUCAGGCCUGGAGGAAUCCACCACGAGUCUCAUUCCUACCCAGGUCUUGUUUGAUAUAAGCAUUCCUGAUUCUGCUAAUACUUGCCGGUUGGGCGCAGCUGCAGAGUGCCGGGCGCUGUACGAAAUGGCUCUGAGAGGCCAAAAAAAAAAAAAAAAAUCCCUCCCCCAUCUCUCAUUCCAUUUUAUUUUGUUAAAACUAAGUGGGUUUCCCCCCCCCAGGUUUUAUUCUUCCCCUUUUAUUUUUUGUAAAGGGUGGGUUUAACACUCUUUCUUGCUUCUUCCUCCCACACCCAGAAAAAGUAGAAAAAGCUGGCUUUGAAGGAAUCCCUAUUGUGACCAGCAGGGGGCACUCCUUAGUUUGAAUUUUUUCUUUCUCUCUCCCCCCCCCAAUCCAGUAUGGUGAUGGAGAACUGAGAUGUAUAUAGUUUAUAUAGAGCAGUCUUCCCCAACUUUGGACUACACCUCCUACCAUCCUCAGUGCUCACGCUGGCUGCGGCUGCUGGGAAUUGUAGUCCAAAACACCUGCGGAGUUUCAGGCUGGCUGAUUGCGAGUUCUGUGAAUUCCUUCUCCAAAGAAACAAAGCAGAAACACACACACACACACACACACACACACACACACACACUUCCCUGAGCCAGAGACUACAAGUCCCAUUAUUCCCUGCCAGCAUAGAAGACACCUCUCAGAUCAUGUCCAGGCUGGUGUGCUGCCUCAGCAGGUACUUUUCAGUGGCCGUUCUCUGUCUCUCUUUACUGUGGCCCACCAACCCAUCGGGCAUGGCCUGUCUCCAAUAUGGCACGUUUUGCGCCCUCAGAUAUUUCUCUUGACCCUUGCCAGUCCCAAAGAUAUUUUUUUUCCAUGCUGCAACACAAAGAGCUGCUAUCGAGUGCCGUCUUUAUUUGGGGACCAAACAGCAGUGCCCGCACUUUGACCUCGUUCUUUGGUUCUGGGGCAAACGACUUUUUUUAAAAAAAAUAAAUAAAUAAAUCUCACUAUUUUGUCUUCCGGGAAAUAAAUGGGUAUUUCAUGGCCAGCCGUACCCAUCGUGACCACCAUUUUAAGAAGGGGCAAGUCUACCCUGCCGUGGCAGCCAUUUUGCGAAAGUGCCUGUGACCCUCGUUCCAAGUUCCAAAUGUGCCCACCAACCCCAAAAAGUGGGAAAUACCCAGCGUAGGCUGAUGUGUUACUGUGCAGGGUCUACAGCCCACCCGCCCCAGUGACAAAAUGCCCUACUGCCGUAUUAGUGCAGUGAUAGGGCUUUGCGUGCCAUCUACAGCCCCUAAAAGACUUGGGAAUAAGUUUACAGUCCCUUAAUUUCCUUGCCUGCGAGAUCUGUGAAUUCCUUCUCCAAAGAAACAAAUGGA